AUGGCGUCUAACCACUCAAGCCCAAAGGCGGCGUCACCCGAUCGCCCCGGGGCCCAGCCGAAUAUUCUACCUCCCGAGCACUUUGCACAGCUGGUAGCGGAGGGGGAAGAUGGAGAUGAAGUCGCCGAGGACCAGUCUAGUUCCACCGCCUCUUUGACCUCCAGCAUCCUUGCCUACCGCAAAAUACAAGGGCGAACAUAUCACGGCGAGCGUGGCGAUGCAACAUAUUGGGGUUCCAUCGAUGAGGCCCAGAAUGAAGCAUUAGACAUUAACCACCACGUCAUUACUCUGUUGUUGGAUCGCAAGCUUUACCUAGCGCCGGUACCAAAAGACAUCCAGACCGCCGUCGACAUCGGCACUGGAACAGGCAUCUGGGCAAUUUGGGUCCCGCCUAACCUACAGUUCCAAAUCGACGACUGCACACAAGAUUGGACGUUCCCGGAUAACUCGCUCGACUACAUCCACAUACGCUGGCUCGUGGGUAGCAUUGCGGACUGGGCCUCUCUCUUCAGGCAAGCCUAUAGAUGCCUAAAACCCGGUGGUUACCUGGAGAGCCACGAGCCGUCGUCUGGAUUCGAAAGUGACGAUGGUACUGUUACGGAGAGCAGCGCUCUCGCUCAGUGGGGAAGAUUCUUCGUCGGAGGGGGAGAGAAGAUUGGCCGGCCAUUCACUGUGUUUGAUGACGAUAGCCAGAUGAAAGGGAUGGAAGAGGCCGGGUUUGUCAACAUUGAGAAGAAAGAUUUCAAAGUGAGCGAGCCCAUCUUCCCCACAAUCUUCACUGUUACCAUGGCUCAUAUAAUAGACAGUGCCAAGGCGUUCACGGCCGAGUUGAGGCUUUUGCGAAGGGUGCUAGUCGCCUCAGCAGCCAGCUCAGGGAGUGCUGUGACCUAA